UCUCUCUGGGCUGACCAUUCAAGUAGUUGCCACGAGGUUUCUGGAGGCACCUGACCCUGGAGCCAGUCUUCUGAAGCAGGCAACAGGAGCUCAAGCAUCAGCCUCUAGAGCAAAGCAACAAAGCAACAGGAUAGUGUUCUUCUAGAGGAACUGAAGGCCAUCUCACUUUGCAAUGGAGAUGACAAGUAUCCGGGAGCUUCUCCCUCAUGUUGGGGAGGAGAAGUACCAGAUGCUGGAGUUGAACAAAAGGCUGGAGUCCUACCUGGGCCGUGUGAAGCUGCUGGAGGAAGAGAAUCAGCUUCUGCGUGGAGAGAUCCAGUCACUGCGCAGGAAAGGGAACACCAAAGGUCAGAAGCAAGUCCAGGAAGAAGCUCUCCACCAGGCCAGGAGAGAGGUCCAAGCUGCCUGGAUGGAGAAAGACCGUGUGGAGAUGGAGGUGAGCAAUCUGAUGGAGGAGAUGGAAGCACUGAACGCUCAGAGACAAAAAGAAAAGGCAGCACAGGCCGAAGCGAAGAGAAAACUGGCAGAAAGCAAGAAGAGGCUGGAGGAUGAGUGGAGGACACAGAUUUGGCUGAGAGAACAGGCGGCUCAUCUUCAGAAAGAGGUCACGCUGCAGGUGCAGGUCCACGAGGAGGAGAUGGAAAGCCUAAAGUCCACAACUGUCCUCACAAAGUCUGUACUACUGGCCCCUCAGUCCAAGCAAACCUUCAGCCUCCGGGAUCUGGGAGAAGACUACUCCCAGAGAGCAGCCCAGGCCUGGCAGGAGGCAGCAAGUGUGUACCAGAAACAAGUGGAGCAGCUGGAGGACAGCCUGAACCAGACCAGGACGAGCAUGACUCAGAUCAACCUGGAGAAGAAGGAGAAUCAGCUAUAUCUGCAAGAUUUAGCCAAAGAGAUGGAGAGCUCAAAAGCUAAGAGGGAGCUUCUGGAGAAGAAUAUGGAAAAGCAGAGAAACAGGCAGGGUCAGGAGCUUCAGAACCUUCAGGCUCAGGUGGAAGGCUUGGAGGCAGAGAAAGUGGACCUUAGGGAGCAGAUAGGCGACCUUUUGGUAGACCGACGCAACUUGCUCCAGAUGAAGAUGUGUCUGGGACUGGAGGUGGCCACUUACAGAGCUUUGUUGGAUAGUGAGAGCCUGAGAGUGAACAGCCAAUCACCACUCAAGACCAGCACCCAGACAGUCUCCUUUUUGGAAGCACUCCCCAAACCCCACAGGACUCAUUCAGGCACUCAGGCCACCUCAGUAUCCAGUCACUUCAGCAGCCCACUGACUACAACCUCUAGAUUAAUCACCCCCUCUAAAGCUGACCUCAUGACUCCUGCUCUUUCACGGAGCAUGACACAAAGCUCUCAGGAGACACACAGGAGGGUGCAGAUGUCUGAAAGGGAGAAAACUGGUAUGAGUGAAGAGACAACACAAUUUGAAAGAACAUCCAGAUCUAUAUCAACAAGGUCCUUCUCUGUAACAGGCGCUGUUCCUUUCACAACCGCUGAGAAAUCUCUAGAAGCGAGCUAUGUUACCACCACUUCUGCCUCUGUAGUUUCUGCCCCUAUGGUCCCUUUAGCUGUAGAAGAGCCUGGCUCCAUACCCAGUACACAUGUUGAGGAAGACUUGCAGGAGAUGCCUAUUGAGAAUCAAUCAAAUGCUGGACCACAUACGUCUGACACUGAGGAAGAAGCGGCAUUGAUUAGCCAGCUGCCAGCUGGACACCCGAGUAGCCUGCCCCCGUCUCCAGAGAGAGAGGUGCCCUUUGAUCGACAUGCAGAGGAUACAAGGGCUUCUGAUGAAGGAGAAGAUGAGGAGACUGAGGUGUCUACUGAGAUGGCUCAAAUAUCGCAUGCACCUAUGUCUGCCUGGGAGGAAAACGAUACGACUGUGCCAGAGGAGAAAGACAUUGUCUCUGAGCAGAAGUCACAGGCAAUCCGUGUUAACUAUGUCCAACAGUGUAGUGUAGAAGCUACGCUAGCAUAUCUACAACAGCUUGAUGAGAACUCUGAGAACCUGGUUUCACCAUCAUUCGCGGAAAUGUCUUUGCACUCCAUGGAUGCGAUGAACCAAGAUGAGAAAAAUUAUCAAAGUGAUAUCUUAGGUUUGGUAGAUGUAACAGAGAGGGUUAGCAAUGUCUCUGAAGAAGUGUUUCUCAAAAGUGAACCUGAAAUAAAGAAUGAGUCAACAGAAAGUUAUGAGAUAAUGGACAACAAGACUAAAGAAAUGGAAGAUAUGGUCCAGUUUGAUCAUUAUGGUACUGAAGCCAAGGAAGGACAUCAUUCUGACAUGGAAUUGCAAGAAGCUGAAACAGUAAGACAAGUAAAAGAAAGCAAAGAAGAGAAAGAGAUUGACAGAGAAGAGGAAGAGAGAGAGAAGGAUAUAGAGAAGGUGGAAGAAGAAGAUGAUGAAAAGUAUGUUGCUUUCCAAAACAAAAGCCUCACUAACACACAAAAAGAAGAUAUGGUAAAGGAUUCUUCCGAUCCACAAGAUUCUGAGACUGAGGUUGAUGUGCACAGGAGCUCUGCACAAGAACCUGCUGAGCAAGCAGAUGAGCUAGUGAUGAAGAUUAAUGACAAAGAUAGCAUGGUAGAAGAAGAUCAUCCAGAAGAGGAUAAGAGUGAUGAAGACGAAGAGUCGUUAAACAUCUCUGCUUCAUGGCGAACCGAUCCUGGUGAUGCAGACACGUUAGCGGAUACUCGUCCCCUGAUACACUACAAAAGCGAUGACGAGGCUGAUGCCAACACUCAGGCUUCUCAUUUUGGAGUGAGUGAGCACAGUGAUAGUGAAGAUGAAAGGGAGAAACACGAAGGAGCUUUAAUGUGGGGUCAAACCACUGCCAAGCGUUUUGACACUAUGGAGGAUCUGUCAGAAGAGCCAGAGAUCAUCACCUCAGAUGAUGUAGUCAUGGACAAAUCUGCUCACACAUUGGUAGAAGAGGUCAUUGAUGAGAUACCCAAUAAGGAGUCUGUAGGACUUGUGGCUGAUGAGGAUCUUCAAAGUAAAAGUGAAGACCUGGACAUCAAUGUCCACACACAGAAGGAUGAUGCUUUGGAGGAUCUCGCAGAAAAUGACUUUAGGAUUUGUGAGGAGAGAAGUGAAGAAGUUGAACUGGCUAUGAAAGAAAAGACAGAAGAGGAUAUAAAUGAGGUUCAGAACCUCCUGGUUCAGAAACAAGUCUUUAGUCUUGAAAGUUUCUUGAGUGAAACAAGGGACAUCCGUGAGCAGCCCAGCAUUGGUGAGGAUGACACUGCCUUUGCUCAAUUUGUGGUAGAACAGAACAUUGAUGAGAUACCCAAUGAGGAGUCUGUAGAACCUGUGGAUGAUGAGGAUCUUCAAAGUAAAUGUAAGGAUCAGGACAUUGAAAUUCACACUCCAAAGGAUGAUGUUUUGGUGGAUCAAUCUGUAAAUGAAUUUAAUAUUUGUGAGGAGAGUAAACAAGGUUUCAGACUUGCUAUGGAAGACAAGACAGAAGAAGAGAUCAAUCAGUUUCAGAACCUCCUGGAUGAAAGCUCAUUUACACAUUCACAACAGUUGGGUCUCGAGGCUUUUCUCAGUGAAACCAGGGACAUCAAUGAGCAGCCCAACACUGGUGAGGAUGAGACCACCAUUUCUCAAACUGUGGUAGAAGAGAACAAUGAUGAGAUAGCCAAUGAGGAGUCUGAAGAACCUGUGGAUUAUGAGGCUCUUCAAAGUAAAAGUCAUUCACAAGACAGGAGUCAAAGUUUCCUCACUGAAGCCAUUGACAGCAAUGGGCAGCCUAACAUUGAUGAGGAGGAAGCCACUAAUCCUUAUGACCACAAAAAUGAAAUUUGUGACAUGGACUACUUCACACAAAACAAGUCAGACGAUGGAGCCACCACACAGUUUGACUAUUUCCCACUAGCCACAGACUCAACACCUCAGCCUGAAGAAGCGUCCCAAGAACAAGCCCUUGAUGAAAAGCCCUCUGAAAUGUCACCAAAGCCCUCAGAGACCUCAAAUUCUGACGCAUUUCCAUUUGAAACAAUUCUGACCAAGGAAAAGGUCUGUGUGAAAGAGGAGGAAGAUGAGCAAUCACAUAUUUCAAUGGUCACUUAUGCAGACUUCACAGAUAACAUUUCUCUAUACAGUGGACCGAACAGCCGACCAGACAGCCAGACCAAUGUAGACCACUCAGACUUGGAAGAGUCCAAUAGCUCAGAGGAUGAGUCUCCCAAUGCCAGCCAGUGUUCUCAGCUUUUUAGUCAUUCAGGAAUCUCAACUGAGGAGCUAGACUCCAGCAAUGCUGCCACUGUUGGUGAAGCUUUAAAGGCUCAUGAUUCAAUGUCCCUUACAGGCUUUUUGGAAGAGACAUUAGUCAAGAGUUUUGGGCAGGACUGCUUUGCAGAAGGGGAGAAUUUAAGUCAACACCACGAGGAACAUGAGGAACUUCCAGUGGAAAACAGCAGCAGUGGAAUUGAUGAAGACUCCAACAGUGUUCCUAAAAUGCAAGAAUGUGAGACUUUGGAUUUGGACCAUCAAGACGAAACCACAGGAGCAUCUCAUGACAUCCUUAGUGCCGAGGCAGACCUUAAUGAUUUGAGACAAGACAACGAGUCAGAAAAGUUGGACAUCUUCCAAGACAAUGUUCUGAAUGAAGAACCUCAGGAACCCAAGGAAAAGGAAAACGACUCCCACAGCUUCUUCAGUUCAAGCAUAAAGGAAGACAUCUGGAACAUAUCCAAAUUCGAGAUGGCCGCUACAUAUGACUCACAUGGGUCAACAGAGACUGAGAGGUACUCACCCGACACCUUACAUCCAAACCAGAGCAUGGCCUUUGGGGAAGACUGGGGACAGAUAGGAAGCCUAAAACCAGCCAAUGGGAAACCUGAAAAAGAGAUCUCUGCAGGUCAAUCAGAUGAGGAAGAGGAAGUGGAGGAGGAAAGGGAAGAGCAGAAGAUGCCAAAGGCUAAACAGCCCCAAUGUAAAGACGCUAAGGAUGGGGUGGCAGAGGCUGUCCAAUCAGAUGACUCCAUUGAAGAAGGCGACUCCUGGUCUUCUGGUGAGGAGUAAUGCCUUUCUAAAAGCAUUGCCCUCUAAAACAGACACAAACUUUCAAUCUAGUGAUAUUUAUUGAUUUCUAUUGUUGUGGCCUUUAUAACAGUUAUUGAUAACCAAAAUAUGAACAUAGGAAAGAAAAAGGGAGUAUAAUAAGUGCAUUUUUGUGCCUAUAGCUUAUCAGAAAUGUCUGCUUGGUAGCUAUACAUGUCUUUAUAUCAAGCAGAUUGCUCAUAUAUCUGUAAUAGGAUUACUUCUCAUUGGAUUUCUUCUUAACUGAAUGUAAUAGGAGAACAAAUACAACACCCUUUGUGUUGGACCCAUUUUUGACACCCUAACCCAAUUUGGGAGAACAUUUGGAACAAUCUAUAAUAAAUAAAAUGGUGAGCAAACAAUA